UCAGUCCACGCCAGGAAAGGAAAGGAAAGGAAAGAGAAAACAAGAGAAGAAGGAGAAUUCCAUCCUCAUUUUCAUUUUCUUUUUUUAAUUAAUUUUUUUUUAGGUUUAAUUGUUUGGAUUUUAUAAUGUGGCAAAUCCUGAAGCAGUGACUCACUCACCCACCGAGAGCCGCAGAGAGAAAAGAGAGCGAGAGAUGGGUAGCGAGAGAAGGAAUGUCGGUGGUGGAGGGGGAUUGGAGGUACCUGCGGCGGAGAGGAAACUCGUACACACCGUCAGAGAAGUAUUGAACAAGAACUCUACGGAUUCCGAGAUCUACUCUGUUCUUCGCGACUGUAAUAUGGACCCAAACGAAGCCGUUCAACGCCUCCUUUCUCAAGAUACUUUUCAAGAAGUGAAGAGCAAACGUGAAAGAAGAAAAGAGAUGAAAGAGAUGCAAGACUCGAGGCCUCGAGGUCACCACAAUGGUUCUCUGGGGGUUAGAGUUGGCGGUGAGCAUGAUGUUAGAUGUGGUGGAACAUCUCCACUCAGUUAUAAUGAGGAUAAUGAAGCUGCAUAUAAAUAUAAGGGAGAGGAUGAGACAGUUGACCCUUCAUUAUCUUCUUUUUCGACUUCUGAAACGACCUUUACAGGAAAAUCUACGAACGAGCAGUCUUUACCUCUAAGCUAUUCUUUUAAUGCUGACAACCGGAGACAGUCAAUAGAAACGGGUGUCACUGUGUCUUCAUCUGGGCAACGGUCUCCAGGACUUCAACCUGCUUGGUUAAGAGCUGCCACAGAUCAUAUGUCUAUGGCUGAUAUUGUUAGGAUGGGUGGGCUAAAAGUAAAGAGUUCAGAAAUGUUAACCCCUCUGGAUGCAGUGGCUCCAUAUUUGUCUGACGACAGUACCAAACUUCCUGUUUCUGCACCUAUGCUAUCCGAAUUGCACAGAGAUUUACACUCUCAGCACUCUUCUAAUGUGAAAGAGGUGAUUCAUGAAUGCAUUAACGCUGGCCGGCAAAAUUUCUAUAACGAAUGGAAUUUAAGUGGGUUGCGUGAUGCUACUGAUGGGAUGUCUGAAUUAGAUGCAUAUGAUGGCUUAGAGCCUAACACAUGUUCUAAGCAGUCUUAUGGGCAUAAUAAAAGAGCCAACUGGUCUGAUAACUGGCAUUCAGAUGAGGUCCCUGUUCCAAAGGGGGAUGUGGCUGCUGAUAAUGUAAAUAUUGACUGCAGUGUGUCUUCUGCAUCUUCUCAAGCAAUCACCACAAGUUGUGAUGGCUCACUGAAGGGUAUUGGUUUCUAUGAUUCUCAUACGUGCAUGUUUGAGCAGCAGGAAGCAUUAUCAUCAGAUACUGCAAACGAGCAUUGUGUAAAUCUUGAAAAGGAGCAAACUAGGCCUCCAAAAGAGGAUGGAAAUUCUGUUGUGCUUCCACAUUAUUUGCGAGAACAAGUUGCUGACUGCUCACAUUUGAGUUUUGGAACAUAUAAACCUGGAAAUGCUGCAAAUUUUGGAUUGCUGGCAUCAAACCACUUAAAAAAUGAUGUAGCAGAGGCCUCUGCAUCAGUAUAUGGUUCAUCUGCUGGGCAUGGGGACAGAAGAAGUUUGGGGUACACUGGUGAGCAGCUUGGAUCCAUGCAUGAUGCUAAGAAUGCAAUGGCUCAUGCUAGAAAUUAUGAUGGGCCUCUAUCUUCACAGCCAGAGGGAUCAAAACUUAAUAUUUCUGGACAACUUCAUGAGAAUGAAUACAUCUCACUGUCAUCAAUAUGUGAUUCCAAAUUUAACAAUAUCCAGCACCUGAGUUCUGCAUUGUCGUUUGUGACAGAUCCAAAUGCUAGAAAUCAUUCUCUUCAUCCAAGCGAAGAGCAUGCAUACACCACUUCUGUACCCCUUGAUUUUUUGGCGACAAAUGUUCAAUCUUCUAGAGAUUUUGAUCAUCUCCAUUCACCUUUCUUUGCACCAACAGAAUCUGCAAGGUACAAUAGUGCCCUUUCAUCCCUAAGCAGUCAAAGUAUUGCCAUAUCAGAGGUUUUGAAUUCUGGUACCUUCGCUACACCUCAUUCAUCCUCACAAUCCAUGUCUGGCACCAGUCGUAUCAUGAGACCUAUACUUCCCCAGCAACUGUCAGCAUAUUCAUACUCCCAGCCCUCACAUCCAUCUGCGGAAUUAGAAAAUUUGGUUGGCUAUUCUGCCAUGCGUCAAAACAACACGUACAUGCCACAUGCAACACAACAAGUAUAUCCAGAUGGCAAUGCAUUAUAUGAUUCUUUGUCAGACCUGAGGGACAGCCUUCCACAAUAUGAAAGUGGUGCCUCUAGGAGUAACUUGCUUCCGUCCAAUGCUGGGGCAUCUGGUUAUGGAGGUUUUAGGAGGGGUUCUCUUGCUCCUGGAAGCUUUCGGCAUAGCCUACCGCCUACUGGCCCGAUUGGUACUGGAGUUGGUUAUGAUGAUGUACUACACUCUCAGUACAAAGAGAGAAGUAAUUUAAUGAUGCUUCAACAGAGUGGUAGCUCUUCCGCAUGGGAUUAUGCUCCAGGUUCAAGGAUGAUGCCAAAUGAUUUGGAGAGCAGAUAUUCGAGCUUCAUGGGACAAAAUCAACAGCUUUCUGCAUAUCAACAAGGCCAGCAGUCUUCAGAGUCUUAUGGAGGAAGUGCAGGUUACCUGAAUUUGUGUCCUUCUCAAACAGAAAUUGCACAGGAACAGAAACUACAGAAAUUGAGGGAUUUUAUAUUACAUGGUAAUCAAGAACCAUCUUCACAAGAAGUCGGCCAAUUUUUGCAGCGAAAACAUUAAAUCUCAUAAUCCUUCAUCCAAUCAACUCCUCCUAAUUUUGGCUAAUGAUUUUCAGUUGUGGACUAUGUGAUCAAUGACACCAAACUUGGUUGCAUAGUUGCUGAUGUUGGAUAUGUCUUCCUUCCCAUUUUGUUAAGAGAGUUUUAAAGCGGCAACUUAGAUUUUGGCGUGUGUAGUAAAGGGGAUCAGAUUUAAUGAUUGUUACGAGUGUUUGGCUUUGUCCAACUGACCUGUACUUACUUGAGAAGAGAUAUCGAGUGUGUUCUGGCUGGGCCUCAGUGCUGAAGUUUUAUUGUAUAAUGUAUUGAGGCACCGCAUGGUGUAUGAAAUAGGUGUGUUGGUUGGAUGAUAGAAUGCAGUUUUUAACA